UUCUCUGCUAUUUUAAGGAUAAAACGUUUAACCUUUUGAGUAUAUCUAUGGAUGAAGUUUGAGGUUUUAAACAGAGAAUGCCAGACUGUUCAGUCUUUUCUCUUCAAUCCAGCAUCGUUUCUUACCAAACCCAGCUGUUAGAACACAUUUCAACAACAUUUUAAAAACAGGAUCUUAUGGUUUUAUCCAGUUUUAAAACAUUUGCUAUAAAAACAGCAUUCUUCUUCAAACCAAUCAAUCCAAUUUCAAAGCUUCAACCAAAUCAAUCAUGGCAGAGAGUUCAGCUUCCAACAAUGAACGCCACAGUCUUUCUAUGAGUGUCGAAGAUGAUUCUGCAUCCGAUUGUGUCUCUGUACUUCUCAUUCAGAAGUUGAUUGCAGAGGUUAUGGGGACAUAUUUCGUGAUAUUUGCAGGCGAAGCAUCAGUGGUUGUGAAUUUGAGCAAAGAUGGAGUCAUCACUUUCCCAGGGAUUUCAAUUGUUUGGGGUUUGGUUGUAAUGGUGAUGAUCUAUUCCGUUGGCCACAUUUCCGGUGCUCAUUUUAACCCUGCUGUCACCAUAUCCUUUGCCAUUACCAGAAGAUUUCCAUGGAGUGAGGUGCCUUCAUAUCUGGCGGCUCAAGUUCUUGGAUCAACAUUAGCAAGUUGGACACUCAGGCUAAUUUUUAAUGGAAAACAAGACCAUUUUCCAGGAACUCUCCCAAGCGACUCAUACAUGCAGACCUUUGUCAUUGAAUUCAUUAUCACAUUCUACCUCAUGUUUGUGGUUUCUGGUGUUGCCACUGACAAUAGAGCCAUUGGUGAACUUGCUGGACUCGCUGUCGGUGCUACCGUGCUUCUGAACGUGAUGGUUGCAGGGCCAAUUACAGGAGCAUCCAUGAAUCCAGCCAGAAGCUUGGGGCCUGCAUUAGUGUUUGCAGAAUUCAAAGGAUUAUGGAUUUACAUGACAGCACCUAUUCUAGGAGCAAUAUCAGGAGCGUUAGUGUAUAAUACCAUCAGGUUCACAGACAAACCUCUACGAGAGAUCGCUCGAAGUGCCUCGUUCCUCAAAAGUCGUCAUGUCACCCCAUGAAAAUUUUUGAGACACCAAAGGGUUAUAUCGA